GGUGUGCAAGACCUAGCCAUUUUAUGACAAAGGAAAAUCUUGAGAAAUUCUUCAAACUCAGAGUUAAUAUUGUUGCUGAAUUUGCUUCACAUAUACUUUUCAAUGUCGGCGAGUAUAUAAUUUGUCGAAUAUCUCCAGUCACGAAAACUCAUUCAUGGAUAUUAGCGAUUUUUCCAGAGAAACAAUGGAAAUUUAUAACUUAUCGUUCAAAUAACGAUAAGUAUUAGUCAAUAUUACUGUUUCGACAUAUUUCCAUGGAUUAUGAAUUUCCUAAUGUUUUUCCACAGAGCCCGCUUAAUUGAAGCGAUGGCAGUGCUCUGAGAAUUCAUAAAAAAAUCUGGAGAUGGAAUUGAACGAGAGGAGAGUGGUGGGGAUGGAGUCCGAGAAACUUGGAAAAACUGAAAACUCUACUGAAGCCUUGAAUGUCCUGAAAUCACCAAACUACAAUUCAAUCAACUCAGAUUCCAGGAUAGACCUUCUGGAUAAAGAUGAAGGCUCUCAGGGUUUCUACGAGAGGAACAGCAAUUCCAUAUUCAAAUCUGUGCUGUUACUUGUACUUCUCGCCUAUUUUGUUUGGGCCACCUACUACCAAGUAUUCGUUUUACAAACAAACAUUGAUGAAACCUUCUGCAGUGGAUAUGGUUUCCUGAUUGUAUUGUAUGGUAUCAUAGCUUUCAGCAUAAGCUAUAACUAUCUGUUAGGGCCAAAACUACUGCCCCAUGUAAGGGAGAAUGUUUGGGAACCACUUGUAAACGGAUGUCAAAGUGCUAAAUACUCACUGACAGUCUUCUACAUAGCAUUCUUCGGUGGCUUCACAAUUUUCCUGAUAAUAGACACCGAGAACGACAGAUACAGGCUGGUCUCCCUGUUGGGAUUGACUGUCUUCCUGCUCUUCGGAUUCGCGGUCUGUCCAUUCAAAUCUCAAAUAAACUGGAGGACCAUCGUCAACGGCAUGGUGUUGCAAUUUUCGUUGGCUCUGUUGAUCAUCAAGUUCAAACCAGGGGAGGAACUGUUCAACUGUUUGGGAAACAAAGUUACCACCUUCCUAGGGUACGCGGUAGAAGGCGCAGCUUUUGUGUAUGGCGAUGAUCUUGUGUACAAGCAAGGAAUAUUUGCUUUCAAGAGUCUUUGCACCAUAUAUUUCCUGGGAUUCUGCAUCAACAUCCUCUACUACUACGGUUGGAUGCAAAAAUUCGUGUCCACUCUAGGGAAAUUCUUCAAAUUCUGGUUGGGGACAUCGAUAUGCGAGAGCGUUAACAGUGCAGCCAACAUUUUCUUGGGAAUGACAGAGGCGCCGUUGCUGCUCAAACCCUUCCUUCAAAGUCUGACGGACUCUGAGAUGCAUAACGUGAUGACCUGCGGCUUCGCAACUACCUCAGGAACUGUGUUGGCUGCUUAUAUCUCGUUUGGAGCGAAUGCAGCCACUCUCAUCACUGCCAGCGUUAUGUCAGCGCCCUCUGCACUGGUCUUCAGCAACCUCAUGUAUCCAGAGACCGAAACUCCCAAGAUAACUCAGGAGAAUGUCCACCUAACUGAAAUGCCUUACUCAUCUGUGCUAGAUGCAGCCAUCACAGGUGCUUCAGAUGCUGUGAAGAUGGUACUGGGCAUAAUAGCCGGGAUCAUAGCUUGUCUAUCCUUCGUAUAUUUCCUCAACGGAGUACUGGCUUGGAUGGGGAACUUAGUUGGUUAUACGAACCCCAACGACGAAUGGUCCCUAACUCUAUUCGUCGGCGAUCUAUUCGUGCCCGUAGCCUUCCUGAUGGGCGUGCCAUGGCAAGACUGCAGCAAGGUGGGCGAGCUGAUAGCUCUAAAAACGACCAUCAACGAAUUCGUGGCCUUCCAGAAGAUGGGAACGAUGACUUUACUGCCGAAAUCAAGAACCAUAGCCACCUUCGCUAUCUGUGGUUUCGCCAAUCCAGGAUCUGUUGGAAUCAUGAUCUCAGGCCUUAGUGCCCUCGUGCCCGAGAAAAGGCCCGUGAUCACGAGGUUGGUCUUUCGUGCUGCAGCAGGGGGUGCGAUUGUGUGUUUUAUGACAGCCUGUAUAGCAGGUCUUGUCAUACCCACUGACGGGCCGCAAACUACGUGAACAGUGAUGUAUAUUUGAUUUAAUCAAUGAUAGAUUUAAUAUUUUAUUCGAGUCCUUCGUUAUCGAAUGUUCUGUUUAUUUGUUUGUUUUGUAAUUUAUUUGAAUCUUUUCUUUGUUGCAUGCAAUAAAUUGUUAUUAAGA